AGAGAAGGAAAAACAGGCAAGACAGCCCAGUGUGAGAGAGAGAGGGAGAGAGGAAGAGAGAAAGCCAGGACAGGAGGCUGGGAGCCAGCCAGCCUCUGCCUGGGCUCUCCUGAGCCUGCUGAUCCCCCAGGCAGCCUGGACCCCGGGGUCCCCGAGAGCUGCCCCGAAGAUGGGCACCAGGGCAGUGGUCGCGCCCCACCCUGUAUGGGGGCUGCUGGGCUGCUGUUUCUUCUGCAGCUGGGCUCUGGGGGACCCACGGCCCCUCCGCUCUCUGCCGCCACUGUCCUCCCAAGUCAAGCCGGGCUCCGUACCUAUGUGGGUACCCCCAGAGGGGGCUGAGGCAGCCCUGGCUUUUCUCUACUCUGGAGAUGCCCAACAGCUGUCAGGGGCUAAUUGCACUGAGCGCUACGAAGCCCACGGCGCAGGAGCCAGACCGGGGCUCCCCCCGGUCCUGUGGAGGGCAGCGGGCACCCUUGCCCAGGCCGCCAAUUUCCUCAACAUGCUGCUACAAGCCAACGACAUCCGCGAGUCCAGUGUGGAGGAGGAUGUGGAGUGGUACCAGGCACUGGUCCGCAGCGUGGCCGAGGGGGACCCAAGGGCGUACCGGGCUUUCCUGAUCUUUAACCCUCCACCAGGGGCCAGCCACCUGCAGCUGGCCCUGCAGGCCACCCGGAUAGGGGAGGAGACCAUCCUUCAGGACUUGUCUGGAAGCAGGGUACAGGAGGAGAGCCCAACCGGGGCCCCGGACACCUCUGCCCUGCAGAAGCGGGUGCUGACCAAUGACCUAGGGAGCCUCGGCAGCCCCAAAUGGCCACAGGGGGACGGCUAUGUGGGAGACAUGCAGCAUGUGAAGCUAUCUCCCCCCUUUCUGGAAUGCCAGGCCGGCCGGCUCCGUCCUGGCUGGCUUAUCACGCUUUCUGCCACCUUCUACGGACUCAAGCCAGACCUCAGCCCAGAGGUCAGGGGGCAGGUGCAGAUGAUCGUCGAUCUUCAGAGCGUGGACAUCAAUCAGUGUGCCAAUGGGCCGGGCUGGUACUCUAACACACACCUGUGUGACCUCAACAGCACUCAGUGUGUCCCCCUGGAGAGUCAGGGCUUUGUCCUUGGCCACUACCUGUGCCGCUGCCGACCCGGCUUCUACGGGGCAAGCCACUCCGGGGGGUUAGAAGAGAGUGCCGCCCAGCCUACUGGGCAAUUCGGGUCCCCUCAGGGCAGCUCUGGGAGGCUGCUGCGGUGCCGGCCAUGUGCGGAGGGCUGCACCAGCUGCGUGGAUGCCACGCCGUGCCUGGUGGAGGAAGCUCUGGGGCUGCGGGCCGCGGUCCUGGCCUGCCAGGCCUGCUGCAUGCUGGCCGUCUUCCUGAGCAUGCUGGCCUCCUACCGCUGCCGCCGAAGCAAGAGGAUCCGAGCCUCUGGAGUUGUCCUGCUGGAGACCAUCCUUUUUGGAUCCCUGCUUCUCUACUUCCCUGUGUUCAUCCUGUACUUCAAGCCCAGUGUUUUCCGCUGCAUCGUUCUCCGCUGGGUCCGGUUGCUGGGUUUUGCCACUGUCUACGGCACCAUUAUACUCAAGCUUUAUAGGGUGCUCCAGCUGUUUCUGUCCCGAACGGCCCAGCGGGGCCCCCACCUGAGCAACGGGCGGCUGCUGCAGCGUCUGGGGCUGCUCCUGCUGCUAGUGCUGGGCUUCCUGGCCGUGUGGACGGCGGGGGCCCUGGAACGAGGCAUCCACACGCCCCUGGUGACCCGAGGCCACACUCUCGCAGGCCGCCACUUCUACCUGUGCCACCACGACCGCUGGGACUACAUCAUGGUUGUGGCCGAGAUGCUGCUCCUGUGCUGGGGCAGCUUCCUCUGCUACGCCACCCGAGCCGUCCCCUCGGCCUUCCAUGAGCCGCGCUACAUGGGCAUCGCCCUGCACAAUGAGCUGCUGUUCUCUGCGGCCUUCCAUGCAGCCAGAUUUGUGCUGGUUCCUUCCCUGCACCCGGACUGGACUCUGCUCCUCUUCUUCUUCCACACCCACAGCACGGUCACCACCACGCUGGCUCUGAUCUUCAUUCCUAAGUUCCAGAAGCCGGGGGCUCCUCCCCGAGAGGAGAUUGUGGAUGAGGUGUAUGAGGACGAGCUGGACCUCCAGCGGUCAGCUUCCUACCUGGACAGCAGCAUCGCCUCGGCCUGGAGCGAGCGCAGCCUGGACCCCGGAGACAUUCGGGACGAGCUGAAGAAGCUCUACGCCCAGCUAGAGGUCCACAAGACCAAGGAGAUGGCCGCUAACAACCCGCACCUGCCCAAGAAGCGGGGCAGCUGGCGCCAGGGCCUGGGCCGCUCCUUCAUGAGGUGCCUGGCCGAGUUCCCGGAGGCCCUGGCCCGCCAGCACUCCCGGGACUCGGGCUCCCCCAGCCUCGGCAGCCUGCCCGGCUCCUCGCGCCGCCGGCUGCUCAGCUCCAGCCUCCAGGACCCCGAGGGGCCCCCGGCCCUGCGCAAGUCCCGCAGCGCCUACGACCACGACCGCCACAGCCGCCGCCGCGAGCAGGACCCGCCGCUCCUCGACUCGCUGCUGAGGAGGAAGCUGGCCAAGAAGGCCUCGCGGGAAAGCAGGGAGAGCCGGGAGGCGGCGGAGGGGCCCCCGGGCCUGGGCUUCAGGUCGGCCAGCGCCCACAACCUGACGGUGGGCGACAGGCUGCCCCGGGCCCGGCCCGCGUCCCUGCAGAAGUCGCUCAGCGUGGUGGCGGGCUCCAGGGAACAGGCCCUGCUCCUAGCCAGCCAGGCCUACCUGGAGGAGACCUAUCGGCUGGCGAAGGAGCGAGAGGAGAGGAAGAAGGCCGAGGCAGCCUCGGCCAGCCCAGUGAGGAGGCCAUCGGCCAGGAGGCCGGAGCGAGCUCGAGGGGCGCCCCUGUCAGCCCCACCUUCCCCUGCCAAGAGCCGCAGUGUGCACGGCUCCCAUGCCGCCGCCGCCGCCGGGAGUCUUCAGGAGGAGGCCACGAAAAGGCUGCCUCACCCGCCCGUCCGGCACCAGGUCUCCACACCCAUCAUGGCCCUGUCCGGGGCCUGCCUGGGAGAGCCGAGGAUGCUCUCCCCCACCUCCACCUUGGCUCCCGCUCUGAUGCCGGCUCCAGCCCCAGCCCCGACCCCGCUGCCCGCCCUGGCACCAGUCCCAGUACCCCCCCAGAGCCCCAGCUUGCUCACCUUCAUCUGCCCCUGGGAGAACGCAGAACUGCCGGUCAAGAAAGGAAAUGUAGCUCCAGAGGGCCCCGCGGGGCCAGAGCGAGGCAACCACUCCCCUGCCCCGGCUCGGGCCAAGCUCUGGAGGGCCCUCUCGGUUGCAGUUGAGAGAAGAGGGACGGGGGAGAGUGGGAUGGCCACAGAGGAUGGACGUCUCCAAGGGGAAGCCGGUGAGGGGGAUGAAGACAAGUCCAAGGUCUUCUCUAAAUCCCACAGCCUCAAGACCCCUGUUCAGCAGGGUUCCAUGCACAGUCUCGGCCUGGCUAUCAAAGCUCUGACCCGUUCUCGGAGCACUCACAGAGAGAAGGAGAGCGGGGAAGGGAGUCCUGAGGCGGAGGAGAAGGGCAGAGCCUCGGGAGAGGGCGUGGGGGCCUGCCCCCGAUCUCCCAGGCUAGGCCGGCCCAAGGCCGUGAGUAAGCAGGCCGCCCUCGCACCCUGUGACGAUGAGGAGACCCUCCAGAACCAACAGAACGCUCACACCAGCAGAAUGCUCCAAGUCUACCACCAGGAGGGCAGCAGGGAACAAGAAGAGGGAGGCAGGAGGGCAUCCCAAGGUCCCGGGGAGGCAAAAGUAGAGAGAGACGGUAAAGCAGGGUCUGCUGCACUGAGGCAAGCCAGGCAGGGCACAGUCGGGGACAAAACUGCCGAGCGAGCAAAAGAAGCCCCCGUGGGCUGGCGGGAACCGCCCAAAGCUGGCCUCCAGCCCACGGGCAGUGCUGACCGCAGGAUGGCAGAGGUAUGCCCCAGGGAAGUCGCCCAGUCAGAAGCAAGUCAGCCUGACCGUGGCAACAAGGCCCAGAUCUGCCCCUGGGAGGUGAGUGAAGGGGGCCCUGAGAAGGGGACACAACAACAAGCUCUGGAUGACUCCCAAGAGAGAAGGAAGGCGUCGGAAAAGUCAGGGCCCCAAAACGUGGCUGUCGUUGCUCGGAAAAAGCCAGAGAGGCUGGUCAGGGGGCAGGAGGUGGUGUGUCCCUGGGAGGGUGCCGAUCCUGGGAGUCUGUGCUCUUGGUCAGCCUCUCAGGACUCUGACAGAAACGAUGGCAGGUCUGAGGCAGCGGGCCGGCUAGACGCUAGAGAGGUGGGGAAGCCUCAGCAGGGAGCCACAGGCCCAGGAGCUUGUAUACCUGACACUACCAAGGCAGAGCUCUGUCCCUGGGAGGCAUGUGAAGGAGAGAAUGGAAAACCAUUCCAGGAGGGAGUGAAGCUUCCCCAGGAAAAGCAGGAACCCCCCAAGAAAGCAACCUUCUGGAAAGAACAGAAACUGAGUGGAGACUUGGAGUCUUUUUGUCGGUGGGAGAGGACAGAUUUCCGGGGUCCCUCAGCAGUCUCUACUCCGGCCCCGGGAACCCCUGUGUGCUCCGGGAGUUUGGGCAGUAGCAUCUCGGAGGUGUGUCCAUGGGAGGCAGGAGAUGCUCCCGUCAGGAAAGCAGAGGUCUGUCCCUGGGAGCUGGGUGAUGAGGUAGUGGGGAAGGAACUGCCGAGUCAGGGGACAGGUGGAGAAUUUCUCCAGGGAAAGGGGAAAGCCUCUAGAAAAGGGCUCUUUGGAGAGAUGGGGGAACAAACUGGAAAAGCAGUGCAGAAAAGUAGUCAACAGCAGGAGUCAGUGUGUCCCCAGGACAGCACAGCCCCUGGGCACCCCAGCCCAUGUCUAGAUAAUUUCUCAGCCAAAGGUGGUGGCCAACUCCUCAGCAAUGGAGGAAGCAGGGCAACACAGGUAUGUCCAUGGGAAGAUCCCAGGCCAGAGCUGAGGGAAGUAACACCUGCCAGGGCAGAACUCUGUCCCUGGGAGGUAAAUGAACGAAUAAGAGAGGACUGGACAUCAGGACAGGCAGCAAAAGCAGGAGAAUCUCCAAAGGACAAGGAGAAAAUGCCUGGAACAUCAGGAAUCAAAGAUGGCGCAGCUUGGGAAAAGCCUGAGGGACAGCUCCAAAAUACGGAAGCAGUCUGUCCUUGGGAGAAUGUGGACCCUGGCAGCUUCUCCUCACAACCAGGUCCUCAAGACACAGGUAGAGCCGAAGCCAGUUUCCACAUGUCAGGCAGCGUGGGAGGCAAAACUGCCGAGAUCUGUCCCUGGGACAUGGAAGAAACCAUGCGUGCUGAGAAGGCUGAGGUCUGUCCCUGGGAGGUGAGUGCUGGAGCAAGGCAGGAAAGAGCUUUGGGAGUUGAGGCCAUUAGGAAAUUUCCAAAUGACACAGGAAAGGCUUCUGCAGGUCCUGGACCCGGCGAGAUAGCUGUUACCUCUCCAAAGAAGCCGGAGAGGCCAGCCUGGGAGCGGGAGGUGGCCUGUCCCUGGGAAAGCUUGGAUCCAGGGGGCUCCUCUCAGCAUUCGGACACUCUGGGCACUGACAGACCAAAAGGUGGACUCCAGGAAAUGGACCAUGUGGGGUGCAGGGCAGCUGAGGUGUGUCCCUGGGAAGUGGAGGAAGCACCUACCAGUGAGAAAGCCAAGAUCUGUCCCUGGGAGGUGAACGAAGGAGCUACUGGGGCAAGAUUGGAACAAGAAAGGGGGAGUGACUCAGCAGGACAGGAGACAAUUCUAGAAAAGGGGAGACUCACCUCCCUGGGAGAAGACAGAUCAAAAUGGGAGACAAAACAGAGUCAAGAAGAGGAAGCUAGUUGUCCUUGGGAGAAGGACUUGAGGGCUCCCUCUGCUCAGGGCCCUGAGGUCUCAGACUCAUCCCUCAGCACGAGUGGCAACGUGAAAGAGGGACAUUCCUUGCAAGCGAGGGAUGAGGCAGUGGAGGAAGGGGACCUGACACAAGAUGCAAAGAUGGGCUCCUUCCCAGAACACAAAACCCCAGUAGAAGCCCCGUCUUCAAAAGCAGGAGAAUUCACUACUGAAGAUAGGGGGAAAGCAAGCAAAGAACUACAAUCUGUCUGUCCACGGGAGAGCAUGACCCCGGCAGGUGCUUCCUCCCACCCGGAUGGUCAAUGCCGUGACCAACCUAAGGCCGGCUCUCAGGACCUGGCUGGCGUUGGGGGCAGGCUUGCUGAGGUGUGCCCGUGGGAUGAUCCUAACCCUGAUGGCAGCGCCAAAGCUGAUAUCUGCCCCUGGGAGGUGACUGAAAGGGUCCCUGACGAAGGGAUGGCAAGACAGGAUGGGAAAGGGACACCUCAAGAGAAGGGGAAGGUCCCAGGAAGACCAGAGCCCCAAAUUGUGGCAGUUCAGGAAAAGCCAGAGAGGGCAGAUGGGAAACAGGAGGCGGUGUGUCCCUGGGAGAGUCAGGAUUGUGGGGGUCCGUCUCCGCAACCAGCCCCACAAGCUUCUGCCAGAAGCGAAGGCAGUUCGGAGGCAGCAGGCAGUGUGGGGGCCAGAGUGGCAGAAGUGUGUCCGUGGGAAGCAAGAGAGUCUCCAUCUGCUAAAGAAGCAGACAUCUGCCCCUGGGAGGCGAAGACAGAAGCUGCUGAGAAAGGGGGACUGGAACAAGAGGUGGACGGAAAAUCCCAAGGGCGAGGAGAGAUGAUCCCUCAAAAGGCGGCAUCUCCGAGGACUGAAGAACACUUUUCAAAAGCAGCAGCAAAAGUCAGCAGAGAGCAGGAGACAGUCUGCUCAGGUUCCGGGGAGCUCCUCCCCCAGCCAGAGGCUCCGGACACUGACCAACCCCAAGUCAGUCCCCACGGAGUAAGCAGUACGGGGAGCAGGAUGGCAGAGCUGUGUCGAUGGGAAAUCACAGAUCCAGAAGGAAAUAAAAUAAAGGGCACCAUGGCAGACAUCUGUGAUUGGGAGGGAACCGGAGCCCCACCUGAGGAAUCUGGCCUUCUGGCUUUAACAGCAACUCAGGCAGAAAUAUUUCUCCCCCCAGCCCCUGAGAACCCACCAUGCCUUUUAGUCCACAGACCUCCGGGUAGCUUCCUUCCAGAGAGCAAGAGCCCCCGCCCUGAGGGGAGCAAGGCAGCCACUACUUUUACUCUAGAAGGGGUCCGAGAACUCCAAGGAGCUUCAGGACACGAGCCAAGGACCAGCUCAGUCCCAGAGCCAAGUCUCCAAGAAGCUGAGGCUCACGAGUCUUCCUCCUUCGCUGAAGACAAAGAAGUGGCUUCUAUAGCUCCAUAUGAAGAACUCUCCCCUCCAACUGUCUAUCCUUGGGACUGCGAGUAACAGAUCCAUCGGGUGAGGCCAGACAUCUGGUGGCUGGUUUUCAAGAGCCAAAGUCCUUUCCAAGUCCUCCAUGUUCCCCAAGAGCCGAGUCAAAGACACUUGGCCACUUGCCCUCUCCAUGAAGGCCAGAAGUCAAUCAUUCGGACAACAAAUUGUACAAGAAUGGUGCAGCUCAGACCCCAACAGAAAGUCUUGUCCUCUCGUUACUUCCCACUCUUCUUCCUGCUCCAGGGAACAAAGGCGAGACCCUCUGCUUCUGACGAAUCCCCCCAUCCAGCUAGAGGACUCGACACAGCUGUGUCUGGACACUCAUAAGGCCAGUGUUUGGGAUGAAAGGAAGUCAGCAGUGCCCAGCCCACAUUUUCUCAUAAAAAGACCCCUUUUUUGAGAAGAAACUAUAAACCAUGCAAGGCACUGGCAGCGUUAGGGUCUGGGGAAUGCUAUAAAAGGUCACCACAGGAAGCUUAAGAAGCCACUUAAGUUCAAAGAUAAAUCAGGGGGAAAACCUUGAGUUUAUUUAUUUUGAGAGAGACAGAGACAGAGACAGAGCAGGGGAGGGAGUGAGAGAGAGAGGGAGAGAGAAUCCCAAGCAGGUUCCACACCAUCAGGGCAGAGCAGGGGGGAAACUUAAUGGCUCAAAAAAAGUACCCAAAAUGCCUUAAAGAUCUUGUCAUUUUGACUUUGGAGCUCCAGGUUCUGCUGUGUUGAUCCUCAUACCUGCCCUGGUUGGCUGCUCAGGUAGAGCCAAUCAAGCACUCUUCCUUCCUUAUCAACAUCUGGUAUCCAAAGCAACACCAGAGACAGCAUAGAAGGCAAGGCAGCGGCUCCAUGUCCUCCCCACACUGGCCAAGGGAAAGUUCUCCCUUCCAGACACCCCCUCCAGUUUAAGGAGUGUGCCUCUUGUUAGCUUUUUCAAAUCGUUCCUCCCCACUUCUGCCCCAUCUUUGGCUAGUCUCAAGCUCAUCUCACUGGCUCAUUCUCCUCCCAGCCUUUCAGGGCUGUCACCAAUGGGACCCCUCUCUCCUUGUCCACGCAACUGGAGGCAGGGGAAUUUCUGGCUCUGAUGUGAGAAGCACUCCAAACCGCUUGCUCAGUAACAAGAGGCCCACAACAGUUACCUUCCUGAGAAGCGAGAAAGAAGGUCCUGUUUGCAGUCGGCACAAGAAUUACCCUCAGAAAGAGUAGCGCUACAGGGCAGGUUGUCCUGAGGACCGGUGAAAAGGCAUCAUAUAAACAGUUUUCUUCUUAGUGAGUUCGGCUCUAUCCUCUCAAGUCAGUUCAGGCUACCCCGGCUUAAGUAAUCCUAGAGACAAGUGCCGGAAUAGGAGGAUGUUAACCAGAGGGAAACAAGGAAGGAGAAAAGCACCGGUCAAAAAGGCCCUAGAAUUGGCAGGGGUGAGGUGGGGGGAGGAAACAGGCUGAGCCGGGCAGGGGCACUGAAGAUGGCAGUAAGCCCACCCUCUAACUGCACAGAUACUGAUGCCAUUCACGGGGAAGAAAAAGACAAAACGAGAAGACCAAAUACCCAAUGGGGAGGAAAAAAAGGAGUCUGCAUACAAAUACUGUAGGCAGAUUCAGGACUUUACAGAAGUAGCAAAAUGCUCCAUUUCCAAAAAGAAGGAAUGGAAAAACUUUGCCAUUCAGGGACCAGAUGCCCCUGUUCCCAUAUCUAGCCUCUCCCACUUACCUGGUCCCUUGGCCUGGGAUUUCAGGGGAGUAAAAUGUAGUGUUGCUCUGGGCUCCUGCUAGUUAACCUCACCGCUCCUAAGUCGGUGAGAAUUUUGCUAACCGCACAACAGAACAAUUCCAUUGUGUCUGGUCUAGCUGGGAACAGAAAAGUGAUUCCUUUCACUGCUGUGAAAUAAACCAUGGGGAAAAAAAAAUAAAGAAUGCUUUCUCUUGACCACGAA